CGGCCUCAACUGUUUGCCGAACGACUUUUUCGAAAGGCAGCGAGUACACAGCACAUUAGUCUAAAGAGAAAUAUCGACACGAAAAAUUUUUUUAUUGACUUCCAUUCUGUAGCCAACAAAACAGGAACUUGCGGCACAUACAGAAUAACAAACGAGGUCAACAAACUUACUGCGUGCGCUUAGACGCAGAGUUUGUUGCAUGUUUACCUGGACAUUGUGUUGGCAGUCGUGAAUAUUACAGUGACUCAACGUUAAUUACAUAUCGAGUGGAUUUAACUCAAAGUGAGAAAAUAAUAAAACAAGAAAACACGUCUUAAUUUUGGAUUUUCAACUGUUGCGGAGGCUGAAGUCAUUUUUUGCUAUUGAACAAAAAUGGCUGAAGCUGAAGGAGGAUCGGAGCAGGAUGAUGUUUCAUUCUUGAGGACGGAAGACAUGGUGUGCCUCUCGUGUACGGCAACGGGAGAGCGCGUGUGUCUGGCCGCCGAAGGAUUUGGCAACCGUCAUUGUUUCCUGGAAAACAUUGCCGAUAAAAAUGUGCCACCCGAUCUAUCACAGUGCGUUUUCGUCAUUGAACAGGCACUGUCUGUGCGUGCCCUGCAGGAGUUGGUAACAGCAGCUGGAUCAGAGACUGGCAAAGGUACUGGAUCCGGCCAUAGGACUCUGCUCUAUGGUAAUGCUAUACUGUUGCGUCACAACAACAGCGACAUGUACCUUGCCUGCCUUUCGACAUCAUCGUCCAACGACAAAUUAUCCUUCGACGUUGGUCUGCAAGAGCACAGCCAAGGCGAGGCAUGCUGGUGGACUGUGCAUCCAGCUAGCAAGCAGCGUUCCGAGGGUGAGAAGGUGCGUGUGGGUGACGACUUGAUUUUGGUCUCUGUGGCAACAGAACGUUACUUGCAUACAACCAAGGAGAACGAACAAUCAAUUGUCAAUGCCAGCUUCCAUGUAACGCACUGGUCAGUGCAACCGUAUGGCACCGGCAUAUCCCGCAUGAAGUAUGUGGGCUAUGUAUUCGGUGGUGAUGUUUUGCGCUUCUUCCACGGUGGCGACGAGUGUCUAACCAUACCAAGUACUUGGGGGCGUGAAGCAGGACAAAACAUUGUUGUGUACGAGGGAGGUUCAGUCAUGUCACAAGCUCGUUCACUAUGGCGCUUGGAAUUGGCGCGCACUAAAUGGACUGGCGGUUUCAUCAAUUGGUUCCAUCCCAUGCGAAUUCGACACAUUACAACUGGACGCUAUUUGGGCGUCAACGAAAAUAACGAAUUGAUUUUGGUUAGAAAGGAUGAAGCUUCUAUUGCUACAACGACUUUCUGUCUCAGACAGGAAAAGGACGACGAGAAAAAAGUACUCGAAGAUAAAGAUUUAGAAGUAAUCGGUUCACCGAUUAUCAAGUACGGUGAUACCACCGUCAUUGUGCAGCACUGCGAAACAUGCCUCUGGCUCAGUUACAAGAGCUACGAGACGAAGAAGAAGGGUGUUGGCAAAGUCGAGGAAAAACAAGCCAUUCUGCACGAAGAAGGCAAAAUGGACGAUUGUCUUGAUUUCUCGCGCUCUCAGGAGGAAGAAUCAAAAACUGCUCGAGUUAUUCGCAAAUGCAGCAGUCUUUUUACACAAUUUAUCAAUGCCUUGGAAACCCUUCAAUCCAAUCGGCGUCAUUCGGUGUUCUUCCAAAAAGUCAACCUCAACGAAAUGGUAAUGUGCCUUGAAGAUUUGAUUAAUUAUUUCUCCCAACCACCAGAUGAUAUGGAGCAUGAAGAGAAACAGAAUCGUUUCCGUGCCUUGCGCAAUCGGCAGGAUCUCUUCCAGGAAGAGGGUGUUUUGAAUCUAAUUCUCGAAGCCAUUGACAAAAUCAACAUUAUUACUUCGCAAGGUUUUCUGGCCAGCUUUCUGGCAGGGGAUGAGACGGGUCAAAGCUGGGAUUUGAUUUCCACAUACCUCUACCAGUUGUUGGCUGCAAUUAUCCAAGGCAAUCACACGAAUUGUGCACAGUUCGCCAACAGCAACCGCUUAAAUUGGCUUUUCUCGCGUUUGGGCUCACAGGCAUCCAGUGAGGGGUCAGGCAUGUUGGAUGUACUCCAUUGUGUGCUGAUUGACUCCCCCGAAGCCUUAAACAUGAUGAGAGAUGAACACAUUAAAGUCAUUAUUUCCUUAUUGGAAAAACACGGUCGCGAUCCAAAAGUACUGGAUGUGCUGUGCUCACUGUGCGUCGGUAAUGGUGUCGCUGUGCGUUCGUCACAAAAUAACAUUUGUGACUUCUUGUUGCCUGGAAAGAACUUAUUGCUGCAAACCCAGCUAGUUGAUCAUGUGGCCAGCAUACGGCCUAAUAUUUUCGUUGGACGGGUAGCAAAUUCGGCCAUGUACCAGAAAUGGUAUUUUGAAGUUACAAUGGAUCACAUUGAGCAGACCACUCAUAUGAUGCCCCACCUGCGAAUUGGUUGGGCCAACACUUCAGGCUAUGUUCCCUAUCCCGGUGGUGGCAAAAAGUGGGGAGGUAACGGCGUGGGCGAUGAUCUGUAUUCAUUUGGUUUUGACGGUGCCUAUCUGUGGACGGGUGGCCGCAAAACCUUAGUCACAGACAUGAUACCUGAACAACCCUACAUUCGUAAAGGAGAUGUGAUUGGUGUAACAAUUGAUUUGUCCGUACCCAUCAUUACAUUUACCUUCAAUGGUCUCAAAGUAAAGGGAUGUUUCCGUGACUUCAACUUGGAUGGAAUGUUCUUCCCCGUAAUGAGCUGUUCUUCAAAACUAAGUUGUCGGUUCCUAUUCGGCGGCGAUCACGGUCGUAUGAAAUUUGCCCCACCCCACGGAUUUUCACCUCUGGUGCAGUGCCUUAUGCCCCAUCAGAUUUUGAGCUUGGAUCCUUGUUUUUAUUUUGGCAAUUUGAACAAGAACGUUUUAGCUGGUCCCUGGAUGAUAGAAGAUGAUACCGCCUUUGUGCCCAACCCUGUGGACACUUCGGGAGUAUCACUGCCAUCUUCAGUGGACCAAAUCAAAGAGAAGCUCGCUGAAAAUAUUCACGAAAUGUGGGCACUGAAUAAAAUCGAGGCCGGAUGGUCUUGGGGUGAGCACCGAGAUGACUACCAACGUAUUCAUCCAUGUUUGACGCAGUUUGAGAAAUUACCACCUGCCGAGAAGCGUUACGACAAUCAGCUGGCCGUACAAACUCUCAAAACAAUCAUCGCGUUAGGCUACUACAUAACCAUGGAUAAACCUCCAGCACGCAUAAGGCCAAUACGUUUGCCCAACGAGAUAUUUAUGCAAGCCAACGGCUACAAGCCGGCACCUUUGGAUUUGAGUGCUGCGACAUUGACACCCAAACUGGAGGAACUGGUGGAUCAAUUAGCCGAAAAUACACACAACCUCUGGGCCAGAGAACGCAUACAGCAGGGAUGGACUUAUGGUCUGAAUGAAGACUCGGAGAAUUUGCGCAGUCCUCACUUGGUACCCUACUCCAAGGUUGAUGAGGCCAUCAAAAAAGCCAAUCGCGAUACUGCUUCGGAGACAGUGCGUACAUUACUUGUGUACGGUUACGUUUUAGAUCCACCUACCGGUGAAGGCAACGAGGCUCUUUUGGCCGAAGCGCUACGACUUAAGUUCGCCGCCUUCCGCACGUACCGUGUUGAACGUAACUAUGCUGUUACAUCAGGCAAAUGGUAUUUUGAGUUUGAGGUUCUCACUGCGGGACCCAUGCGAGUUGGUUGGGCAAGAGCCGAUUGUAACCCAGGUGCUAUGCUGGGUAGCGAUGACACCAGUUGGGCUUUUGAUGGCCACAAUGAAGAGAAAGUUUUUGGCGGCGUAAGUGAAUCGUUUGGCAAAAUUUGCGGCCCCGGUGACAUUGUUGGCGUCUUCUUAGAUCUCGCCGACCAUACAAUCAGUUUCUCCCUAAAUGGUGAGCUGUUGAUGGACGCAUUGGGUGGCGAGACCACUUUUGCCGAGGUCACCGCCGAAGGAGUAGGAUUUGUUCCAGCGUGUACAUUGGGCGUAGGCCAGAAGGCUCGUCUUAUAUAUGGUCAAGAUGUGGAUUCGUUAAAAUUUUUCACCACCUGCGGUCUGCAGGAGGGCUAUGAACCUUUCUGCGUAAAUAUGCGCCGACCUGUUACUCACUGGUACACAAAGGAUCAGCCAAUAUUUGAAAAUACUGAGGAGAUGCCCGACUGUCGCAUUGAUGUCACUCGUAUUCCCGGUGGUGCAGACACUCCACCUCAUCUUAAAAUUUCCCAUAACACGUUUGAGACAAUGGAAAAGGCCAACUGGGAAUUUUUGCGUCUCUCCUUGCCAGUCACCUGCAUGGACGAAUUUAUUAGCGAAGUUGAGAAGGCUCGCCGAUGGGAGGAAAUCAAAAUUCGCCAGUACCGCCUAAUGCGUGAGGCCCAGGAAAUGGCCCAGCAUCAGCCAUCUGCUCACAUGGAUCACAUGUUGAAGAGUGGUUUUUCAAUGAAUGACAUCAAGGGUCUAAAUCGCAACUACGAAGAUACGGCAGAGGCGGAUGAGAACAUGGCAAGGAGUCCAGUCAGGCCAGCACGUAGAGCAUCUAUAACACGCAACAUUACCUUCGAAUCAGAUUUAGGAAUGCCAGAGGAACUGCAACGUUCCACGUCUGCGCUUGAUAUGAAUGGAAUGGAAGACGGCAUGGUAGAUGACAAGAAAAAGCGUGGUCGUAGUCCGUUUAAGUUCUUCUCGAAAAAGUCUCGCGACCAAAGCAAAGACAAAACUCCAGGAAGAGCUCCAGAGGUGAGUCCAGAAAGACGUACGGGAGUUCAGGGUCGUACCAUGAUGGGAGGACAAUUAGCUGCCAAGCCGCCAUCUCUUCGUCUCAAUAAUACCGAAAUGCCACAAACACCCACGCAGGGCCCAAAAGCUCUUAGUGGAGGAAACUUAGGACAACCUACCGUGGAAUCUUCGGGCAAUGAAAUGUUCGACGCCGAAUGCCUCAAACUAAUCAAUGAAUAUUUUUAUGGUGUGCGCAUAUUCCCCGGUCAAGAUCCCACUCAUGUGUACGUAGGUUGGGUUACCACCCAGUACCACCUGCACAGCAAAGAGUUCAACAAAGACAAAGUGCGCCGUGCCUCGGUUAUUAUUGAAGAUGACUACGAAAUGCCCAUCCAACACAUCAAUCGCCAGAGUUGCUAUGUCGUUCGUGCCGAUGAGCUGUUCAACGAAGUCACUCAGGACGCCUCUGGCAAGGGGGCAUCUCAGGGCAUGUUUGUCGGUUGUUUUGUUGACACCGCCACUGGCAUUAUCAGCUUCACUUGUGAAGGCAAACAAACCUCCCACCGCUGGCAGAUGGAACCAAACACAAAACUCUUUCCGGCAAUCUUCGUCGAGGCCACAAGCAAAGAAAUUUUGCAAAUUGAGCUUGGUCGUACAGCUACUACACUGCCGCUAUCCGCUGCUGUAUUGCCAACUAGCGAUAAGCACAUCAAUCCCCAAUCACCACCCCGCCUGAAGGUGCAAUGUCUUCGCCCACAUCAGUGGGCCCGGGUGCCAAAUACAGCACUUCAGGUACACGCCCUAAAGCUAUCCGAUCUACGCGGUUGGUCUAUGCUCUGUGAGGACCCAGUUUCAAUGUUGGCUCUACACAUACCCGAAGAAGAUCGUUGCAUCGAUAUCCUCGAACUAAUCGAAAUGGACAAACUGCUUUCUUUCCAUGCCCACUCCCUGACGCUUUACGCGGCGCUCUGCUAUCAAUCGAACUACCGAGCUGCACACGCACUCUGUCAACACGUCGAUCAGAAGCAGCUACUUUACGCCAUACGUUCCGAAUACAUGAGUGGGCCCCUACGUCAGGGUUUCUAUGAUCUCUUAAUCGCUUUGCAUUUGGAAUCUCACGCAACAACAAUGGAGGUUUGUAAAAUGGAAUAUAUUAUUCCCUUAGGUCCCGAACUGAAGUUCCUGUACGACGACGAAGAGAUGCGCCAUUCGUUGAGAUCCUUGGUCACGGAGUCUGUUCGUCCCCAGAUGCGCAUGACGGAGAUCACACCUAUGAGUACCCAAGCCAAUGUUUCCAGCGAACCAAUACCAGACAUCGAUCACCUGUAUUCCCCGAAAUUCCCCCUAGAAGUAGUGCGUGAAUUUGUUAUGGAAGCAUUGAAAGAGGCGGUAGAGAUCAAUCAGGUGCAUAACAGAGAUCCAAUUGGUUGGACAAAUGAGAAUCUGUUCUUACCUCUUGUGAAGCUUACGGACCGUUUAUUGUUGGUGGGUGUCAUGACCGAUGACGAUGUGCAGAAACUUUUGGUUAUGAUCGAUCCGGAGACUUGGGAUCCCACCUUUGAGAAAGAUGGAAAAGACGAACACCGUAAGGGUUUACUCACCAUGAAGAUGGCUGAAGGGGCCAAACUACAGAUGUGUUAUCUUCUGCACCAUUUGUAUGAUAUACAGCUAAGGCAUCGGGUGGAAAGCAUCAUUGCAUUCUCUCAUGACUUUGUGGGCGAUCUACAAUCGGAUCAGCUGCGUCGUUACAUUGAAAUCAAGCAAUCUGACCUUCCAAGUGCUGUAGCAGCCAAAAAAACUAAAGAGUUCCGAUGUCCUCCUAGAGAACAAAUGAACCAGAUCUUAUGCUUUAAGAACUUAGAGCCAGAUGAUCAUGAAAAUUGCACUUGCGGUCUGGAGUUGCGCGGAAGUUUGUACGAUUUUCAUGACAGUCUCAUGAAGAAAGUGUCUUUGAAUGCUUUACAGGAGCCGGAUGAGUCCGAGAGCACCACGAUCGAAGAAAUAAAAACGGGACCAAUAACAAAGAUCUACAACUUUAUAAACACAGUGAAAGAACUUGAGGAGGGUCCCAAAGAAGUUGAGGAACCUGAGAAGAAAACUCCCGAAGAAGUGUUCCGCAAAGUGUUGAUUAAGACCAUUGUUAGUUGGGCGGAGGAAUCACAGAUUGAAACACCAAAAUUGGUGCGAGAAAUGUUUAGCCUACUUGUCAGGCAAUACGAUACGGUUGGCGAACUGGUAAGAGCUCUUGAAAAAACGUAUGUUAUCAAUAACAGAGCCCGCGAUGAUGUGGCUGAAAUGUGGGUUGGCUUGAGCCAAAUCCGUGCAUUGCUUCCCGUCCAGAUGAGCCAAGAGGAGGAAGAGUUGAUGAGGAAGCGAUUAUGGAAAUUAGUUAACAAUGCCACAUUCUUCCAACAUCCCGACUUGAUACGCAUUCUGCGUAUUCAUGAAAAUGUAAUGGCGGUUAUGAUGAAUACUCUUGGGAGACGAGCUCAAGCCCAAAGUGAUGCUCCAGCCCAACAGGAGGGAGGCGAAGGAGCCCCACCCAAGGAGAAGGACACCUCACACGAAAUGGUUGUGGCUUGCUGUCGCUUCCUCUGUUAUUUUUGCCGAACUGGACGACAGAAUCAAAAAGCCAUGUUUGAUCACUUUGACUUUUUGUUAGAUAAUGCCAAUAUUCUGUUAGCUAGACCCAGUUUACGCGGUUCAACUCCUCUAGACGUGGCAUACUCAAGUUUGAUGGAGAACACAGAACUAGCUCUGGCCUUACGAGAACAUUAUUUGGAAAAGAUUGCAGUGUACCUGUCACGCUGUGGCCUACAGAGCAACUCGGAGUUGGUGGAGAAGGGCUAUCCCGAUCUUGGUUGGGAUCCGGUUGAAGGCGAGCGCUAUUUGGACUUUUUGCGUUACUGCGUAUGGGUGAAUGGCGAAAGUGUCGAAGAGAACGCCAACCUUGUCAUUCGUCUUCUUAUCCGUCGUCCAGAGUGUCUAGGGCCGGCUCUAAGAGGAGAAGGAGAAGGUCUUUUCAGAGCCAUUGUUGAGGCCAAUCGAAUGUCUGAACGCAUCACAGAUCGAUGCAAAAUGCAAGACGAAGCCGAAGGCACUAUCGCCGGCCUCAACUUCACACAUCCCUUGCCGGAGAGCGAUGAUGAUGAAGAUUACAUUGACACCGGUGCCGCUAUCCUGAACUUCUAUUGUACCCUAGUAGAUCUUCUCGGUAGAUGCGCACCCGAUGCUUCCGUAAUAGAACAAGGCAAAAACGAAUCACUCAGAGCUAGAGCUAUUUUGAGAUCUCUUGUGCCACUGGAGGAUCUUCAAGGUGUCCUCAGCUUAAAGUUCACACUCACUCAAACUGCGCCAGGAGAAGAAAAGCCUAAGUCGGAUAUGCCAUCCGGUUUAUUGCCAAAUAACAAGCAAAGCAUUGUCCUAUUCUUAGAACGUGUUUACGGCAUUGAGACGCAGGAGCUCUUCUAUCGAUUGUUGGAAGACGCCUUCCUGCCCGAUCUUAGAACAGCCACUAUUCUAGACAAGAGUGAUGGCUCAGAAAGUGACAUGGCCCUUUCGAUGAAUCGAUAUAUUGGCAAUUCCAUUUUGCCCCUGCUCAUAAAGCACUCGAAAUUUUACAACGAGGCAGAAAACUAUGCCAGUUUAUUAGAUGCAACAUUGCACACGGUCUACAGAUUGUCUAAGAACCGUAUGCUCACAAAGGGCCAAAGAGAAGCUGUAUCCGACUUUCUGGUGGCAUUGACAUCACAAAUGCAACCUGCAAUGUUAUUAAAACUUUUACGCAAGUUGACCGUCGAUGUCUCUAAACUAUCCGAGUACACGACUGUGGCUUUAAGACUCCUUACAUUGCACUUCGAUCGUUGCGCCAAAUACUAUGGCUCCAGUCAAGGCCAAGGCUCGUAUGGAGCAUCGUCUGACGAAGAAAAACGUCUUACUAUGCUGUUGUUUUCUAACAUUUUUGACUCACUCAGCAACAUGGACUACGAUCCGGAAUUGUUUGGCAAAGCUUUGCCAUGUUUGAUUGCAAUCGGUUGUGCUUUGCCACCUGACUACAGUCUAUCGAAGAACCUCGACGAGGACUACUACGGCCGUCAAUCGGGAGCUCCCGACCAGCCUCAAUAUGAUCCCAACCCAAUUGAAACUUCAACUGUCGUUUUGACGCACGACUACAACUCGCUGGUCGAAAAGUUCAGUGAACACUAUCAUGACGCUUGGGCUAGUCGUCGCUUGGAAAGUGGUUGGACCUAUGGUGAAGUGCGGUCCGAUACCGAUCGCAAACAUCCAAGACUCAAACCUUGCAACAUGCUAAGUGACUAUGAACGUGAGCGUUAUAGAGAUCCCGUAAGAGAGUGCCUCAAGGCUUUGUUGGCUCUGGGCUGGACUAUUGAGCACUCCGAAAUUGAAGUUGCGCAAAAUAACCGCGGUUCGACCCGCCGCCAAUCUAAACCUCAGAUUAAUGACUUUCAGAAUGAAGGCAGUCCCUUCAAUUACAACCCACAUCCAGUGGAUAUGACCAAUUUGACGCUGAGCAGAGAAAUGCAGAAUAUGGCCGAGCGUUUGGCUGAGAACUCCCACGACAUCUGGGCAAAGAAAAAGAAGGAAGAGCUCGGAUCGUGUGGUGGUGUCAUUCAUCCACAGCUCGUACCUUAUGACUUGUUGACGGAUAAGGAAAAGCGCAAGGACCGCGAGAGGUCUCAGGAGUUUUUGAAAUACAUGCAAUAUCAAGGCUACAAAUUGCACAAACCAUCUAAGGGUGGCGCCCUCGAAGGAGAAGGAGGCGCAACUCAAACAGCCGCUGAAUUGAGGUUCUCGUAUUCACUUUUGGAAAAAUUGAUUCAAUAUUUAGAUCGUGCUUCUAUCAACAUGAAGCUCUUGAAGCCAUCGACCACGUUCAGCAGACGUACCUCAUUUAAGACUGCUUCGCGUGACAUUAAGUUCUUCUCAAAAGUAGUGUUGCCGCUAAUGGAAAAGUACUUCUCCACACAUCGAAACUAUUUUAUUGCUGUGGCCACAGCAACCAACAAUGUGGGUGCAGCUUCACUAAAGGAAAAGGAAAUGGUGGCGGCCAUUUUCUGCAAAUUGGCUUCGUUACUGCGCAAUCGAUUGACUGCUUUCGGUCCAGACGUUCGCAUAACGGUUCGUUGCCUGCAAGUACUAGUAAAGGGUAUAGAUGCUCGCACUCUGGUCAAGAACUGCCCCGAGUUCAUUAGAACCUCUAUGCUGACUUUCUUCAAUCAGACGGCUGACGAUUUGGGCAACACCAUUUUGAACUUACAGGAUGGCAAGUACAGCCACUUGCGAGGAACACAUCUUAAAACUUCCACGUCGCUGGGCUAUAUAAACCAGGUGGUUAUGCCUGUUUUAACUGCCAUGUUUGACCAUUUAGCCGCCUGUGAUUAUGGAAGUGACCUAUUGUUGGACGAAAUUCAAGUUGCCUCUUACAAGAUAUUGGCCGCUUUGUAUCAUUUGGGCACAGACGGCACUUUGACGCAGGACAGGAAGUAUCUGAAAACCGAAAUCGAAAGACAUCGUCCAGCAUUGGGCUCUUGCUUAGGAGCUUUCAGCUCAUGCUUCCCUGUGGCAUUCUUUGAGCCGCACUUAAAUAAGCACAAUCAAUUUUCACUUCUAAAUCGCAUAGCUGAUCACUCGCUAGAGGCCCAAGACAUUAUGGUUAAAAUGGAGAGUUGCAUGCCAAAUUUAGAAACGAUUUUGGGAGAGGUUGACCAGUUCGUCGAGUCAGAUAAGACCUAUAGCGAUGCUCCUCAUGUGAUCGACGUUAUUUUGCCCCUCUUAUGUUCCUAUCUGCCGUUCUGGUGGUCACAAGGCCCCGACAACGUCAGCCCAACGAGCGGCAACCACGUCACAAUGGUCACUGCUGACCAUAUGAAUUCCUUGCUGCGCAACGUUCUGAAUAUGAUCAAAAAGAACAUUGGCAACGACAAUGCCCCCUGGAUGACUAGAAUCGCCGCAUAUACCCAGCAGAUUAUUAUCAACACAUCGGAGGAGCUGUUGAAAGAUCCAUUCCUGCCACUUGCAGAGAGAGUAAAGAAGCGCACUGAGAAUAUGUUUCAUAAGGAAGAAAGCAUGCGAGGCUUCAUUAAAUCGGCAACGGAUGACACAUCUCAAGUUGAGACACAGUUGCAAGAAGAUUGGCAGCUGCUGGUACGCGAUAUUUACUCAUUCUAUCCUCUGUUGAUCAAGUACGUCGAUUUGCAGCGUAAUCAUUGGCUAAAGGAUAACAUACCCGAGGCAGAGGAACUCUACAAUCACGUAGCGGAGAUAUUUAAUAUCUGGUCCAAGAGUCAGUACUUCUUAAAGGAGGAACAAAACUUCAUAUCGGCCAACGAAAUCGAUAACAUGGCAUUGAUUAUGCCCACGGCAACAAGGCGAUCGGCCAUUUCGGAAGGUGCCCCCGUCACAGGAGGAAAAGUGAAAAAGAAGAAGAAGAAUCGCGAUAAGAAACGCGACAAAGACAAGGAAAUUCAGGCCAGUUUAAUGGUAGCUUGUCUGAAGCGUCUGCUACCAGUGGGACUUAAUCUCUUCGCUGGUCGUGAACAGGAGCUGGUGCAACACUGCAAGGACCGCUAUUUGAAGAAAAUGGCCGAGUAUGAAGUUAUUGAGUUUGCUCGCAACCAAUUGACGUUGCCGGACAAAUUAGAUCCUUCGGAUGAAAUGUCCUGGCAGCACUACUUGUACUCGAAGCUGGGCAAAAAGGAGGAACCCACCGAAGAGCAGAACGCCCUAGAGAAGGCAGCCAAUCAAAAUGACAAAGGACGUGAUAAAACUCAGGAAACGGUGGAUCGCAUAGUGGCUAUGGCAAAAGUACUAUUUGGAUUACACAUGAUCGAUCAUCCCCAACAGCAAAGCAAAAACGUCUACAGGAGCGUUGUUUCAAUACAGAGGAAGCGCGCUGUUAUCGCGUGUUUCCGUCAAACAUCGUUACAUUCUCUUCCAAGACAUCGUGCAUGUAACAUAUUCGCACGCACCUACCACGAGCAGUGGCUGCAGGAGGAGAAUGUGGGACAAGAGGUGAUGAUUGAAGAUCUUACGCAGACCUUUGAAGACUUUGAAAAGUCCAAAAAGGAGGAGGACGAAACCGAAGCGAAGCCAGAUCCAUUAACUCAGCUGGUGACCACCUUCUGCCGCGGUGCGAUGACGGAGAGAAGUGGGGCGCUCCAAGAGGAUUUGUUGUACAUGUCAUAUGCCCAAAUUGCUGCUAAAUCGUGUGGCGAAGAAGAAGAGGAGGGUGGCGAUGAAGAAGGUGGCGAAGAGGAAGGAGAAGGAACCAGCAUUCAUGAACAAGAAAUGGAAAAACAAAAACUACUCUUCCACCAAGCCCGCCUAUCAAAUCGCGGUGUGGCCGAAAUGGUAUUGCUACACAUCUCCGCCUCUAAGGGCAUACCUUCGGAAAUGGUAAUGACCACUCUCAACCUGGGUAUUUCCAUUUUGCGCGGCGGCAACAUCGACAUCCAAAUGGGAAUGUUAAACCAUUUGAAGGAGAAAAAAGAUGUGGGCUUCUUUACCUCCAUUGCUGGAUUGAUGAACUCAUGCAGUGUCUUGGACUUGGAUGCUUUUGAGAGAAACACCAAAGCAGAAGAAUACAUUCCAAGUGCGGGUGCAGGUCUUGGUGUCGGCUCGGAGGGUGCUGCUGGCGAAAAGAACAUGCAUGAUGCCGAGUUCACUUGUGCUCUCUUCCGUUUCAUCCAACUGACUUGUGAAGGUCACAAUUUGGAUUGGCAGAACUAUUUGCGCACUCAGGCGGGCAACACAACAACUGUGAAUGUAGUCAUCUGUACGGUUGAUUACCUAUUGCGUCUGCAGGAGUCCAUUAUGGACUUUUACUGGCACUACUCGAGCAAAGAAAUCAUAGAUCCAGCUGGAAAGGCGAACUUUUUCAAAGCGAUAGGUGUUGCUAGCCAGGUGUUUAACACCCUAACCGAAGUCAUCCAGGGUCCUUGUACCCUCAAUCAGCAAGCCUUAGCUCACUCCAGAUUGUGGGAUGCUGUUGGCGGUUUCCUCUUCCUGUUCUCCCAUAUGCAAGAGAAACUAUCGAAACACUCCAGUCAGGUGGAUUUAUUGAAAGAACUUUUGAACUUGCAAAAGGACAUGAUCACAAUGAUGCUGUCCAUGUUGGAAGGCAACGUUGUCAACGGUACUAUUGGCAAACAGAUGGUAGACACUUUGGUGGAAUCAGCCAGCAAUGUUGAAUUGAUCUUGAAGUAUUUCGAUAUGUUCUUGAAAUUGAAGGAUCUCAUUGAAUCCCCCAGUUUCAUGGAAAUCGAUAUCAAGAACGAAGGCUGGGUCACACCAAAAGAUUUUAGAGACAAGAUGGAGCAGUCUAAAAAUUAUACACCUGAGGAAAUCGACUUCUUGCUGGCCUGUUGUGAACGAAACCAUGAGGGUAAAAUCGAUUAUGUUGCAUUUGUUGAUCGCUUCCAUGAACCGUCCACGGAAAUCGGUUUCAAUUUGGCCGUUUUACUGACCAACUUGAGUGAACACAUGCCCAAUGAGCCACGUUUAGCUCGCUUCCUCGAAACGGCCGGUUCGGUAUUGAAUUACUUUGAACCAUUCUUGGGACGUAUUGAGAUUCUUGGCAGCUCGAAGAGAAUCGAACGAGUAUACUUUGAAAUUAAGGAUUCCAACAUUGAGCAGUGGGAGAAGCCGCAGAUUAAGGAAUCUAAGCGCGCUUUCUUCUAUUCCAUUGUAACUGAGGGCGGAGACAAGGAAAAACUGGAAGCAUUCGUUAACUUCUGUGAGGAUGCCAUUUUUGAAAUGACCCAUGCCUCGGGGCUGAUGGCCACCGACGAUGGCGGCAGCAAUGUGAAGCGAGACACGUCCUACAGUUCUUACAUGAGUGAAGAGGAAGAAGAGCGAGCGGCCAGAGAUCCCAUCAGGCGUACCAUUACGGCUGUAAAAGAUGGUUUGAAAUUCGGAGUCCACAUGUUUAGUCCCGCUAAUAUCAAGCAUCAAAUUGGUGUCAUGCAAACGAAAACGGUUCCCGAAUUAAUAAUUGGAUUCUUUAAGGCAAUAUUUUACAUGUUCUACUAUACUGGGUACGCACACUUUGCGGUGUUGCGUUAUAUCUUCGGUAUUUUAAUGAAUCUUAUGCGUGGUCCGGCGCCUGAGGAGGUGGAAGAACCUCCACAGGAGGAAGAAACAUUCGGUAGAGCGCUGCCUCCGUUGCCUAUUGAAGAGCCGCCUAGCACGGUGCAGGCCUUUGGGCUUGAUAUCAACAAAGAAGAGAACGGUCAAUACAAGGUUACGGUACACGAAUCAUCUGGCGGAAGUCCAACAUCAUCUAUGGAAGAAACUGGUGAGUCUAGUCCUGAAGAUGGCGCAACAACAGCUGAGGCUGGUGCCGAAGGAGAACCACACCACCAGGAACCAGUCUCAAUUGUUGACCUUCUUGGAGGAGAGGCGGCAAAGAAAGCUGCACAAGAACGUCAAGAGGCCCAGAAAGCCCAAGAAGCCGCUAUGGCCUCCAUCGAAGCUGAAGCUAAGAAAUCUUCAAGCACCACCCAGGAAACACCGGCUGUUAAUCAAAUCGAUUUCUCUCAGUACACACAUAGGGCUGUCAGUUUCUUGGCUCGCAACUUUUACAAUUUGAAAUAUGUUGCCCUGGUCUUGGCUUUCAGUAUCAAUUUCAUGUUGCUCUUCUACAAGGUUACCUCAUUUGCGAACGACGAAGAAUCCUCCGGCGACGAUGUUUUAAUAUUAGGUUCAGGCUCCGGUGGUGGCAUGGCAGGUUCCGGUAUGGGAUCAGGCGACGGAUCUGGCGACGGGGGAGACGAAGAGGAUGAACUGCCGGAAAUGGUACACGUGGACGAGGACUUCUUCUAUAUGGAACACGUGAUACGCAUGGCCGCCCUCUUGCACAGUUUGGUAUCCUUAGCUAUGUUGAUCGCCUACUAUCACCUUAAAGUCCCCUUGGCCAUAUUCAAACGCGAGAAGGAAAUUGCCAGACGCUUGGAGUUCGACGGUCUUUUCAUUGCAGAGCAGCCCGAAGACGACGAUUUCAAAUCACAUUGGGACAAGUUAGUGAUAUCGGCGAAAUCCUUCCCCGUCAACUACUGGGACAAAUUCGUCAAGAAGAAAGUACGUCAAAAGUACAGCGAAACGUACGACUUUGAUUCCAUUUCGAAUCUUCUUGGCAUGGAAAAGAGUGCAUUCAUGGCGCAAGAAAGCGAGGAAGGUGGCUUCGUCAAAUACAUAACAAACAUCGAUUGGCGCUACCAGGUUUGGAAGGCCGGUGUGACAUUUACCGACAACGCCUUCCUCUAUUCCUUAUGGUACUUCUCCUUCUCGGUGAUGGGCAACUUCAACAAUUUCUUUUUUGCCGCUCACUUGCUUGAUGUCGCGGUUGGUUUCAAAACACUCCGCACCAUCCUGCAAUCCGUAACACAUAACGGCAAACAAUUGGUGUUGACGGUAAUGUUGCUGACCAUUAUUGUAUACAUCUACACUGUCAUCGCCUUCAACUUCUUCCGCAAAUUUUACAUUCAAGAAGAGGAUGACGAAGUCGACAAGAAAUGUCACGAUAUGUUAACCUGCUUUGUGUUCCAUCUCUACAAGGGCGUAAGAGCUGGUGGUGGCAUUGGUGACGAAAUUGGUGAUCCUGUCGGCGACGAGUACGAAGUCUACCGUAUCAUUUUCGACAUCACUUUCUUCUUCUUUGUUAUCGUCAUUCUCUUGGCCAUCAUUCAAGGUUUGAUUAUUGACGCCUUCGGUGAGCUUCGCGAUCAACUGGAAUCGGUGAAAGAGAAUAUGGAGUCGAACUGUUUCAUAUGCGGCAUGGGCAAGGACUUCUUUGACAUUGUGCCGCACGGCUUCGACACGCACGUCCAGAAGGAGCACAACCUGGCCAACUACAUGUUCUUCCUAAUGCAUUUGAUUAAUAAGCCGGACACCGAGUAUACCGGUCAGGAGACCUACGUCUGGAACAUGUACCAACAGCGCAGUUGGGACUUCUUCCCAGUGGGUGAUUGUUUCCGCAAACAAUACGAGGAUGAACUCUCCGGUGGCGGUGGCGGCGGUUAAAUAUCCCUUCUAUCGAACCCGCACGGACCCCAACCCCCCCACAAAAUCUUUUUAGACAAUUUUUUAUAGUGUUUUUAUCAAAACGAAGUCGUGAAAACAAUCACUUUUUAUUAACUCUACAUCUAUAUAAAUGUAUAAAACAAAACAUAUUACUUACCAACUAAGAUAAACUUUAUUCAACUAAUAGUCAAUUCUCUCAACUCCCAACAAGUCGACAAUGGAAUCAUAUAUAUAUAUUUAUAUAUAUUUUUUUUAAUCCAAUACAAAACGCACUAACAGCAAAGCAUCACACUCGUAUUUACCAUUGUUAUUGUUAUUGUAAAAUUAUGUUAUCCUUAGUAUUUAACAAAGAACAAAUAAGUGUGAAUUCGCCCCGAACAAAUGAUGUAAUAUCCGGAAGCUCAGAUCGAAAUUAGCAAAUUGAAUAACUUCAUUGUCUAUUUGUAUACAUACCUACAAUACAUACAUAUAUAGAUGCAUAUUGUUAACUGAACUUGUACGAUUUAUUAAAUAAAUUUUACCUAUUUUACGAAA